AUGGGUCUGAAAGACUCGGCGCUCGCCAAGUACAUCCGGAAUAUUAAGACGUCGCCGAAGUCUCUCAUCGCGAACAGGCAGCUGAUUUGCACUUCGUUGGUGUUUGCCUUCGCGGGCAUCCCUCUAUGCUGGGAUCAAGGCUCCUCCGCCACGAUCCCCUCCCUCCCCGGCUUCCAGCAUGCAUUUGGCAUCACCUCCGCCACGAACCCAAGCCAAGUCUCCAACUUCGUCUCCCUAGUCUACAUCGGCGCCGGUGUCGGCGCGGCCCUCACCUACUUCAUCAAUGACCGCUGGGGUCGCCUUUGGGCUCUCCGCAUCUACUCCGUAACAUGGAUCAUCGGUCAGCUCAUCGCCGUCGCUUCCUCGGGUAACCUCGCCGCCAUGUACGCCGGCCGCAUCAUCGCCGGCUUCGGCAUCGGGCCCCUCACUGUGAUCGGCCCCGUUACUCUCACCGAAAUCGCGCCCGCUGAAACCCGCGGGCUCAUCACCUCCUGGUUCUCCGUCAUCAUGCUGCUCUCGCUGACCGUUGCCGCCUUCGUCGUCCUCGGCUGCUUCGGCAUGGCGCCCAGCAACGUUCAGUGGCAGGUCCCCUUCUUCAUCCCCUGCGUCGCCAUGGCCCUCGUUGUCGCGGCCAGCUUCUUCGUCAUGGACAGCCCGCGCUGGCUGUUCCUUGUCGGGCGCGACGAAGAGGCGACGCAGACGCUGAUCACGCUGCGCGGGCUGCCGCUCGAGCACCCACGCAUUCAGUCGGAGCUGCGCGAGAUCACGGAGAGCGUCGCCAAGGAAAGGGUUGCGUUUGGGGAGGCGAGCACGUAUUCGCUGGCUGGGCUGAGGGCGGUGUGCCGCGAGACGUUUUUGGUACCGGCGAAUUUGCGGCGGACGCAGCAGGCGUUUCUGUCGUAUGCCCUCGCGCAGUUGUCGGGUGCGAAUAGUAUCACUACCUACUUGGUGCCGGUGCUGAGUCUGAUUGGGGUCAAGGGGGGCACGACGCAUAGUUUGCUGUAUGCGGCGCUGUACUCGAUGGCUAAGUUCUUUUAUACGUUGAUCGCCAGUUUCUUUUUCGUGGAUGCGCUGGGGCGCAGGAAUAGUCUGUUCAUUGGCAUUAUUGUUCAGAUGCUCUCACACAUUUACAUUGGUGUUUACAUCAAGUUCAGCCACGAGGGGCCAGUUUCGCAAGGUGCUGGACAAGGUGCUCUCGCGGCUAUUUUCUUGCAUGGCUUCGGCUACGCUGUUGGCCUCUUGAUUCUGCCGUACAUCUUCGUCAGCGAGCUGUGGCCGAACCAGCUCCGGUCCUUCGGCGCAUCCCUCACGCAAUGCUUCCAUUGGCUCUUCUUCUUCGGAGUUAACAAGGGGGUUCCUUCUCUGCUCGAGAGCACCGACCAGUGGGGCGCGUUCCUCUUCUUCGCCGGCUGGUGUUUCUUGGCGCUCCUCUACGUGUUCUUCACCGUGCCGGAGACUGCGGGCGUGGACCUCGAGAAGAUUGACGAGCUGUUCCAGGGCCCAUGGUUCAAUCAAUACAAGAGAACCAAGGCGAUGGGCCGAGAAGUGGAAGUACUCGAGUCUGUUGAGUCGCGAAGCGAGAGCGAAGGCGUUGAUGUGUUGGCAUCUGGGAAGAAGUGA